CACUUCCUCUUCAGAGUUGAUUUCAUGGCGAUCGGGAGAGAGGGAACAUCGCCGACGCACGCUCACUGUCUUUGCACUCUCCUCAGAGUUUAUUCUCGUUGGCACUAUUUGAACUGAACUGGGCUCCUUGUACUUGGAUUACUUCUUUUGUGUGUCCCAGCUUCCUCCUGCUCAGUCUAUGGCUCUGAUGGACAAACAUAAACAGGUCAAGCGACAGAGACUUGACCGCAUCUGUGAGGGUAUCCGACCCCCCAUCCUCAAUGGGCCGAUGCACCCCCGGCCUCUGGUGGCGCUGUUGGACGGGCGUGACUGCACUGUGGAGAUGCCCAUCCUCAAAGAUGUAGCUACGGUGGCCUUCUGUGACGCCCAGUCCACACAAGAAAUCCACGAGAAGGUGCUAAAUGAAGCUGUUGCUGCACUGCUGUACCACACAAUUACUUUAUCCAGAGAUGAUUUGGAAAAAUUCAAAGGUUUACGAGUAAUUGUGCGAAUUGGCUCUGGAUUUGAUAAUGUUGAUGUGAAAGCAGCUGCUGAGCUCGGCAUCGCUGUUUGUAACGUCCCAGCGUCGUCAGUGGAAGAGACGGCAGAUACUUCGUUAUGUCUGAUCCUGAACUUGUACAGAAGAGUCACCUGGAUGCACCAGGCGCUGAGGGAGGGCACGCGGGCCUCCAGCGUGGAGCAGAUCAGGGAGGUGGCAGGAGGCGCCGCUCGCAUUCGGGGGGAGACUCUCGGUAUUAUAGGUUUAGGGCGAGUCGGUCAGGCCGUGGCUCUUCGUGCCAAGGCGUUUGGGUUUGGCGUGAUCUUUUAUGACCCAUAUUUGCCCGAUGGCGUGGAGCGCUCCCUGGGACUCCAGCGCAUGGCCACCCUACAAGACCUGCUCAUCCACUCAGACUGUGUGUCCCUGCACUGCAGCCUUAACGAGCACAACCACCAUCUUAUUAACGACUUCACCAUCAAACAGAUGCGCCAGGGGGCCUUUUUGGUGAACACGUCGAGGGGGGGUCUGGUGGAUGAGAAGGCUCUGGCUCAGGCGCUGAAGGAGGGACGGAUACGAGGAGCCGCGCUGGACGUUCAUGAGACAGAACCCUUCAGUUUUUCCACAGGCCCUCUGAAAGACGCUCCUAACCUCAUCUGUACCCCGCACACAUCCUGGUACAGCGAGCAGGCUUCAGUAGAGGCCCGGGAGGAGGCGGCCAGGGAAGUCCGACGUGCCAUCACAGGUCGCAUCCCCGACAGUCUAAAGAACUGCGUGAACAAAGAGUACCUAUUGGCUGCCUCUCAGUGGCCCAGCAUGGAGGCCGCCACAGUUCAUCCUGAGCUCAACGGAGCCUCCUACAGAUUUCCUCCGGGCCUGAUCAAUGUGGCAGCAGCGGGGGGUCUCCCGGGGGCGGGGGCAGGGGUGGACAGCCUGGUUUCAGGGAUGGCACACGGCAUCACCCCUGUGACCCACCCUCCCCACGCCCCGUCUCCAGGGCAACCCACCAAGGCCGAAGCCGACAGAGACAUCCCCUCCGACCAAUAGCCCCCCCCACCAGCGCCAGCACAUUCCUCCGCUCCAGACCCCGCCCCCCCCCACAUCGACGGCACCUGUCCCACCUGACGUGACUACACUGUAUCUCACACCUCGAGCCCUGGAGUGACCUGUCCUCUGCCGCCCAUGUCACCCCCAUGUCACCCCCCUGACCCCUGACCUCCGACCCCCAACACAACCCCACACCGUCAGCAAUAACUGUUCUCAAGGAUUCGGUGAUAGGACUGGUUCAUUUUCUUAUCGGCUCUUGUUUUAAACCUAUUGUGGUUCUAGUUGUUAAUGUUUGUUUGUUUUGGAAAAAGAGAAAGCAUUUCGAGUUUGGCUUUGCGCCUCCAGUCGUCUCCUUCAGACCAGACGAGGUUAAAGGUCCUGUUGUGUCUACAUUUAACUGCUCCUGUUACUGCUUUAUACUUUUUAUUUUUAAACCCUUGUCACAGGGAGAUUUGUGCUAAAGUUCAUCAGAAAGUCAUUAUAAAAACGAUUUCCAACAUUACCACAAAGCAGCAUUUUGUCCCUUCUCAUCGGCGCUCCCUGGCACUGAGCUCAAACGGACUCCAUCAUCAUAGUCAUCAUCAUUACUAUUAUUAUUAUUAUUGUUAUUAAUCAUUUCCUAUCGAAGCUCUUAACCUCGUAAUACCUCCUAGCGUGUCGUCAUCCCCGCUAUGGCCCACUGUUUUGGCCGUUUCAAACUGCGGUGGUGCAGGACUGAGUGAACUCUGUGCCCAGACGCAGCUGAAACCAUUGGGUCUUCACCAGCAGAGGGCGCUGUCUGACUUUGUUCAGACGGUCGGCUUCAGUGCAGGAGCGGUGACCAGGGAUCGAACCAUCACCUUUUUAUGAUUUUUUAAAAAAGAUCUCACCACCCCCCCACGUCCACUCCUCCCCCUCAGCGUCCCUGACCAGCAUGCAGUGACCCCCCUGCGUGAGUGACAGGACUUCAUUAGUGCAUGCUGGCUUUCCAUCGACAAAAGUUGCGUAUGUGUGUGUGCGUGCGUGCGUUUUUUGUUCCCUUAACCCUUUCAAGGAUGACGAGUUGCCGUCGUCUUUCCAAAGGACGUCCCCUGGGAGUAACUGUUGUUAUCGGCGUUGCCCCGGUGACGAGGGAACACCUUUCUAGUACCUCAGUAACAGAUAAUGAAUGUACCGUGCAUACCCUUUUAUUUUUUUGUACAGAUUUUCUAGAUGACUUCUUUAAUAAUAGAGGGUUGUGAACUUGUAGCAGUAACGAUUCAGAAAAUAAAGCCUCAUCGUCCUCGUCAUCGCCCCCGUUCAGAUGAAUUCGGUUCGCUCUAGGUCACUGAAAGAACUCAGGCUUCAAAAAACCAACGUGUAUCUUCUUCCCUUUUUACCCCUUUUUAGUUUGUCAAUGUGGAAAGUUUUUAGCACAGCGCUCAAAAACCCCCCUCUGACUGUAGUAGAUGUGUCUCCAUCUUUACUGAGAAAAGCAAAGAUCGUGUACUGCUAGUCUUGUUUUACUAGAGCCGUAGAUAUAGACCUGUUUUUUAUAUUUAGCCCCUCCCCUUGUCAAGCUGCUCUAACUAUAGUUGCAUGUGAGGUGAUUCUUUAGAGGAAAAAAGCUCUCGGCUUCAACAUGACAUCAUCAUCUUGCUGUUUUCCUCUCCCCCCGUUUUACCCCUGAUCCAUUUUGUGGUGGUCAGUUUCCAGUGAUGUACAGUCUCCUCCUCAGAGUCUAUGGGAGGCGUGGAGCAUGUCUGCGGCCUCCGUCAUGUCGAGUAUAUAUUUUUAAAAAGUACCCCCAUAGUUCCCAGAUUAUGCUCAUAAAUAGUUAUCUUAAAGUUUUGCUGUUGACGCGGAUGACUUCUAUUGUUGAGUUCAGCGGUGCACUGUUUAAAAAUCCAUUUGUUUUAAUGUUAUUUUUGAUGAUGUGCUUGUCUUGUUCUACAUGUUGUACUGACACAUUUCGGCGCGAUUAAACCCAUUUUCCCCUUUUUUUUUGAUAUUUUAAAAUCUCAUCCCUUCCAAACUCGUCUCUCGUGGGCCUUACUUUGUCUUUCCCUUAAAGUAGCUGUUUUAAAGUUGCCAUGGAACCACUCACUGCCUUAAUACAGUUGACCACAGUAAGACGGAAAAAGCCGAGCCAGGAUCAUAUCACCUCCCAGAAAUGUCCCGUAAUAUUUGUGAAGCUUCAGUUUCCAACCGAUCGAGCUCAUUUUAAAAAGUUGAGUGAUGCGUUUGUUUUGCCCUGUCAGUUUGUGUUUAAGUGCAAGCUCACGGUUAAAGCACAGCACCGAUGGUUACAAAGCCACAGCCUGUUUCACUCUGGUGUGAAACUCCCCCUCGGCCGACGACUCUGCCACUCCGAGAGAGAGAAAGAGGAGAGAGAGAAAGAGGAGAGAGAGAUGAGGGAGAUGAGGGAGGAGGGGGGACGGCAGCGCAACACUGGUGAGGUCUGUCAACUACAACAGAAGAAAUUAGGUGUGAACCGGUCACUAUUUCUCAGGGUCAAAUGCACACAUAUCCUCCAGCAGUCCCGCCCUUGGCCCCGCCCCAUGGCCCCGCCCCCUACAGCGCCCCUCCCUGACCCCCGUUUGCUUUCGUUUUGGCAUCUAUCUAUCUCUCCAUCGAACCAACGGAUGAAUGAACGUCUGAAUGUGAACCACGUGUGAUGUUAAAACUGGGAAAUGUAUUUUUACAACAUGUGAACGUGUUUUUCACUCUCAUUUGUGAAUUUGAUUUUUUUUUUUUUUUUUUCACCAGAUGCAAAAAGUAAAUUUGAAAAAAAUGACAAAAAAACCCUCCUGUACUAGGCUCUUAAGCUUUAUUUCAUUUUGUUUACUUUUUUAUUAGAAUCAAUCAUGUUUGUGAUGGUAACUUCCGAUGGUAAACUCCACACCGUAUUUUAAUAA